UGUUCGCUGUAGACUGGCUGGUGUUUUUCAGAGGUAAGGGGGUGUGUCUGUGUCCCAUACGGGUAUCUGCCUCGGAGAGACUGAGCAGAGGCGGGAAAUGGCGCCUGGUAACACAACGAUGUGUCGUUUCGAAGACGGACCUUGAGUAGAUCUACAGAAAAAGUCGGCUCAGAUCACGAAAACAACCACUGCCUCUAUUGUGAUGGUUAAUCGGUCUUGAGUCGUUAUCGCCAGACACUGCGGAUCACUGUAAACCUUACAUGUGACUGCUAAAACAAUGAGGCUGAGAAUGCGUAAGGCGUCUCAGCAGCCGAACCCCAGUCUGGCAAGCCGCCCAUCCCGUACCAAGCGGAGGCAUUCAGAAGUAGAAGAGGACACUCCUACUAGUGGAGGGAGGGGUAUAUUCUCCACCAUCAAGAAGUUCAUCAGAGGAAAUGCUGUCAAGGUGCAGCAGGAGAGCCCAGCAAAGAAGACACGCAUCCACUGCGAUGUGGACAACAACCUGAUCACCUCUACAACUCCGAACACCAACACCCCCAGCCGGACUAUCAGCAGGGUUGGCAGGAGAGGCUCCCUUAAUGGACAAGCAACCAAUCACGACAGGAGUAAGGAGAAGCCCAAUGGCAGUCUGGAGGAGACGACGGCCGUUGAGCUACCCGCCAGCCCCCCCAGAACCACCCUUCUUGGGACCAUCUUCUCCCCUGUUUUCAACUUCUUCUCACCAGCUAAAAAUGCCUCCUCUGGCUCAGACUCCCCAGACCAGGCAUUAGAGGCAGAGGAGAUAGUCAAGCAGCUGGACAUAGAGCAAGCUGUGGAGACGCCCACCAGCACAGCCACUUCUGCACAGGAACUGUGUGCCACCACUAACUUCUACUCUAGUGUAUCGCAGCUGCCACCAAUGAGACCUCCACAUAUCCCAGAGGUAUCUCCCACAGCAAGGGAUGGAGAGCUCUGUGCUGAUGCUGACCUUCCACCCCUCACAGCUCCAGGCUCCAGUCCAGAUAUGGCAUAUGUGGAUGCUCCUCCCACUGCAGUACCACCAGAGGCAACCUAUGAAGAAGACUGGGAAGUCUUUGACCCGUAUUUCUUCAUCAAGCACGUCCCUCCUCUGACAGAAGAGCAGCUCACUCGUAAGCCAGCCUUGCCACUGAAGACACGCAGCACGCCUGAAUUCUCUCUGGUCCUCGACCUGGACGAAACAUUAGUUCACUGCAGUUUAAAUGAGCUGGAGGAUGCAGCACUUACCUUCCCUGUCCUCUUUCAAGAUGUCAUUUACCAGGUGUAUGUGCGCCUGAGGCCGUUCUUUCGAGAGUUUCUGGAACGCAUGUCUCAAAUCUAUGAGAUCAUCCUUUUUACAGCCUCUAAAAAGGUAUAUGCAGACAAACUGCUCAACAUCUUGGAUCCUAAAAAGCAGCUUGUGAGACACAGGUUGUUCCGUGAGCACUGUGUCUGUGUCCAGGGAAACUACAUCAAGGACCUCAACAUCUUGGGCAGAGAUCUGUCAAAGACCAUCAUUAUCGACAAUUCACCGCAAGCCUUUGCGUAUCAGUUGUCCAAUGGUAUUCCCAUAGAAAGCUGGUUCAUGGACAAGAAUGACAAUGAGCUGCUGAAGCUGGUACCCUUCCUGGAGAAGUUGGUUGAGAUGAAUGAGGAUGUGCGGCCGCAUGUUCGGGAGAGGUUCCGGCUUCACGACUUGCUGCCCCCUGAUUGAACUUGACCACAGACUCUCAGAACGGGACAACAUGAAAUGACUGAAAAGAACAUGCGUAUAAAAAGCCCCUCUUUGGAUUACAAACUACAACAUUGCCAUUACUGUUAAAAUUUUAGCCUUUUUUUUAAGUCCACUGUUGCUUUUUAAAAAAAAAAGAAAGAAAAAAAACUUGAAAAGGAAAAACAAACAUUUUUAAAGAUCUGGGUGAAAUUUUCUAAAUGUAUAGAUAAAAUGACACACGCUAUGAACAAGCCCAGGUAAACUUCUCUUUUUGACUGACUCUCCAGCUGUGGAACCGGAUAUAUCUCCUCCACACUAAAUUCUAACGUCUUGGUGCUGGCUUAGUGGAUAUAGAAAAGCCACCUGGUAAAGAGGAACUCCAGCCCGGCCGAGUCCCUAAACCCAAACCGACCCCUGGUGCGCACGCUGUUGAAGAAUAACUAUGCUCUGUGGCUACAGACCAUUUUCAGCGGGAAUGACUGGCCUGUAAAUCAAUCUGUGCAUGUGUGUAUGUUUACUCCUAGCCCCACACACACACACACACACACACACACACACACACCGAUUUGGUGUUUGGCAAACCUACAAUCUGUAGCCUUUUAAAACCAUAUGCAUUCCUCCGUAGCUAAGUCAAGUUUCUAUUGUUGGUUGCAGUUUUUUUUCUGGUAAAACUGGUGUUUCAUUGUUUAAAAAAGGAAAAAAAGAUAGCGUUUUAAUUCUGUUUGUAAGAUAUGUUUUAAAAGGGGUCGUGUAAGAUUUUAUUGUAAUCCUUUUUUUUUUCUAUUAGAACAUGGGUGCAUAUUAAUGACAGUCCACUGCAUAGUCAAACGAAAUGGAAUUACUCCAGGACUUUAAGUAUAGUUUUUGUUCUUGUUCUAACAAGUGGAGGUUUAAAUCAAUGUGUUGGCUUCACUGUGGACACAUGGCUCCUUAUUUAAAUGUUAGGAUCAAAAAUCUCCUUACCUGUAAAUCUGACAUAUUGUAAAGGUUUGAGGGUUAUUAAUUUUCAAAGUGAUAUGUGUUGUUAACCUUUUCUUUAAUAAUAGUAUUUGAUUUGUUUAUAAUCAGUAUUGUCUUUUACUCCUAAUCAAGUAUUCUGGCUAAAAUCAGAGCUCUUUCUUUUAGUUGUAAUGUGAUGGCAGUAGCAUUAUGACUAAUGUAGCACAUCUCUCGUCAUAAAGUCUACCCAUGGUAGAAACCUAUGACCAGACCCUGUAUCAGCCAUAUCUGGCACCAGUAACAUACUGUUUUAUCAGUCAGCUUCACUGACUGCCUGUUUCAUAUUUUUUUACUUCCAUACUUUCUUUAUGUUUAGUGCAGUUUAAAAUGUGUUUAAGAAUGGUAACUAUGUGAAUGUUUCUGCCUGACAUCAGCCUGGACACUCAAGCCAAACUGACAUUUUACUCCUCUGUUGUUUCAACUUUAAUUUAUUUAAUGAAGACAAACAGUAGGCAGAAAUGGAGAUGUUUUUGUUUGCAUCAUUACAAGCCUGAACAUGGGUGAUAAAGACAGAAAGCUCAAAUGCCUGACUGUCAUAUUGCAGUCCAAACCCUCAAGAGUUGACUUGAAUCUCUGCCUGAAUUUGGCAUGCGCUGUUGAACUGUUUUCAGUUCUUGUUCAGUUUAAAUCAAAGUGCAUUUUAUGUUAAAGAAAAUAUGAGUGUUUGGAUUUGUCUGGGUUGCCUGUACAGUGCCAUACGAUUCCCCUUUAGAAAUCCCCCCCCCCCCUCCCCCAAUAGUAUUUCCUACACUCUCACACCUAAAAUGAUUUGAUGGAAAGAGACAAUCAGACCUCAAAGCUUUGCAGAUACCUGGAGACACCCAGACUUCCCCUAUUUCUUUUAUUUUUAUUUUGGUGUGCUGUAUGUAUUGCGUACUGUGAUUCCAUUGAGUUGUACCUUCUCCCCCCUCCCCCCCAUGAGUUAAGUUGCCAGUUGAAUCCUGCUGUGCAAUGCCCAAACAAUCCCUGCUGCUCACUUAAUGCAGGUUGUGCAUCAGAGAUGGUUUCCAUCUGUUCAGCGCCUGCCUUUUCCUCUUAUUUUUUUUUCCACCCAAUGUUAGAAGCUCUCCAGAAAUUAGGAUUCAUUUGUAUUCAAGUUUGUUACAGGGCACAAUGGUGUUUGCUCAGACAUAAUGUUAUGGGUACACAUGUCCAGACUAUGAAUGUAAAUUGUACAUGGGGGGGUGAAGUCUUUCAGUGUUUUUCCCAAUUCCUGGUUUUGUUCUCUCUUCCUGAACUAAAGCAAACCGAUGAGCUCGUAUCUACCGUUCACAGGUUAGAGAGGAGGCCUGAACAAUGGGAAUGGAAGAGGAACCAUGUCUUGAGGUCACACCAUGGUAGCCCCCUCCCUACCCCUAUGAGCUCUCACCAUCCUGACUGCCAUCUCCAAGCCUAAUCUUGAGUGUGCGAUGUAGCCCAGGUGGGCUCAUCCCCUCAGUGGGAUUAGUUAUUACUCCUUGCUUGUGUGUGAAGGGUCGGUGGGAGGCAUUUGAUACUUUUCAUCUAGCUCCUUUUUAUGUGCAUUACCAGUUUAUUGUACACUUGAGUGUUGUACAAUACAUGCAGCUUCAUCUUUAAAAAAAAAAAUCCUUAAAGUAAGGAAAAUCUUUUUUUUAUAUAUAUUUUUGAUUUCAAAAGGCAUGUCGUAUCUACUUUUUAAAUGUAUUAAUGAAGAUUUAACUUUACAUCAGAUGGAGUGUUGUUUUUUUUUCUUACAAAUAUCUGUAUGUUUAGUUUAGCGCAAUGUCACUGAACUGUUAAAUUUAGCAUGUAGAGCAUACCGCUUGCUUUGUGGGAAAGUCCUGAAUUAAAUUUUAAUCAUGGCACUUUUUUCUGCAGAAAAGAGCAAUUGUGUUAAUGAAUUUUUUUUUUCCCCCACCAAUAUCCAUUAAGCCAUUUUACUUGCAAGAACUGCUAUUUGUGCUUUAGAUGUAUUAAAACAUGUUUUAAGACAUCUGUUAGCCGUCAGGCUGUAUGCUAUUGUAAAGUGUACAUACGGUUAUAUUGAAUUUCUGAAACAAAGUUUUAAAGUUAAAAACCUCUUG